GUUACCGUAUUUACCGUGCAGCAGAGAUGGAUGACGGUGACGAGCCGGGUUUAGUCCUCUCUCACAACACUUCUUCGGGCUCUAAGUCGGGCGGGGACAAGAUGUUUUCCCUGAAGAAGUGGAAUGCAGUGGCAAUGUGGAGCUGGGACGUUGAAUGUGACACUUGUGCCAUUUGUCGGGUGCAAGUAAUGGACGCUUGUCUCCGAUGCCAGGCGGAAAAUAAACAAGAGGACUGUGUUGUUGUAUGGGGAGAGUGCAAUCACUCCUUUCACAACUGCUGCAUGUCCCUUUGGGUGAAACAGAACAAUCGCUGCCCCCUCUGCCAACAGGACUGGGUGGUUCAGAGAAUCGGCAAAUGAGCUUCACAUCCAGGUGGACUACACCUGUGUUCACCCACAAGUGGUGAUGGACUUGACAAUGACUACUGCAACGCCCUGUGCAGAGCCAUCCACAGCGGUCUCUCUACUUAUGAUUGCAUGUUUUCAGUAGUCCUGGUAUCAGAGGAGGAUGAUGGACAAAAUUGAAGCUGCACAGGCUCGAUUGGUUGAUGUGAGCGAAGGGGUCAAGAGUCCUGGAGAGACGGAUAAAAUGUGUUGCAGUGUUUGGUCACAUGUUAGCUUUACAUUGGUGUCUGUGGUGAUGUGUGGCACAUCUUGAAUAUGUGACUGUCUUUUUAAAAAUAAAGAAUUGUGAAUAGCUGUAA